UAGGCGGAGAGGACAAGGACAGAAGGCACCAUGAGUGGGGGCCCUGUGGGAGGCAGGCCCGGGGGUCGAGGAGCACCUGAGGUUAAGCAGAACAUUCCCUCCUCCCUGCUUCAGGACCACGAGAACCAGCGACUCUUCGAGAUGCUCGGACGAAAAUGCUGGACGCUGGCCACUGCAGUUGUUCAGCUAUACCUGGCGCUGCCCCCUGGAGCCGAGCACUGGACCAAGGAGCAUUGUGGGGCUGUGUGCUUCGUGAAGGAUAACCCCCAGAAGUCCUACUUCAUCCGCCUUUAUGGCCUUCAGGCUGGCCGGCUGCUCUGGGAACAGGAGCUGUACUCACAGCUGGUCUACUCCACUCCCACCCCCUUCUUCCACACCUUUGCUGGAGAUGACUGCCAAGCGGGCCUGAACUUUGCAGAUGAGGGUGAGGCCCAGGCCUUCCGGGCCCUGGUGCAAGAGAAGAUACAAAAAAGGAAUCAGAGGAAAAGUGGAGACAGACGCCAGCUACCCCCACCACCAGCACCAGCCAAUGAAGAGAGAAGAGGGGGGCUCCCACCCUUGCCCUCACACCCAGGUGCAGACCAAGGGGGCCCACAAACUGGCCCACUGUCCUUGGGGCUGGUGACAGUGGACAUCCAGAAUCCUGACAUCACGAGUUCACGCUACCGUGGGCUCCCAGCACCUGCUCCUGGCCCAGCUGAUAAGAAACGCUCCGGAAAGAAGAAGAUCAGCAAAGCAGAUAUUGGGGCACCCAGUGGAUUCAAACAUGUCAGCCACGUGGGGUGGGACCCCCAGAAUGGAUUUGACGUGAACAACCUGGACCCGGAUCUGCGGAGCCUGUUCUCCAGGGCAGGAAUCAGUGAGGCUCAACUCACUGAUGCAGAGACCUCCAAACUCAUCUAUGACUUCAUCGAGGACCAGGGCGGGCUGGAGGCUGUGCGGCAGGAGAUGAGGCGCCAAGAACCCCCUCCGCCCCCACCGCCAUCCCGAGGAGGGAACCAGCCCCCCAGACCCCCUCUGGUGGGGGGUAACAAAGGCCGUUCUGGUCCACUACCCCCUGUACCUUUAGGGGGUGCUCCGCCCCCACCCACGCCCCGAGGACCCCCACCCCCAGGACCCCCACCCCCAGGCCGAGGGGGCCCUCCACCACCACCCCCUCCAGCCACUGGCCGAUCUGGACCACCGCCCCCUCCGCCCCCUGGAGCUGGGGGGCCGCCCAUUCCACCUCCCCCGCCCCCUCCCCCACCGCCACCCCCCAGCUCCGGGGAUGGGCCAGUGCCUCCCCCGCCCCCACUUGCUCCGUUGUCUGGGGGCUGCUUGGCCUCUGGAGGGGGUCGGGGGGCGCUUUUGGAUCAAAUCCGGCAGGGAAUUCAGCUGAACAAGACUCCCGGGGCCCCAGAGAGCUCAGCCCUGCAGCCGCCACCGCAGACCUCCGAGGGGCUGGUGGGCGCCCUGAUGCACGUGAUGCAGAAAAGAAGCAGGGCCAUCCACUCUUCCGACGAAGGAGAGGACCAGGCCGGCGAUGAGGAUGAAGACGAUGAGUGGGACGACUGAGUCACUGCCCACUCCCUACUCUGCUCUCUACUGCCCCUGCCUCCCAGCCCCCACUCUGCACCCCAGACCCCCAAAUCCCAUUUCUUCCCCGACCCCUACUUUGGCUGCUGUUCUCCCUGCCUGGUCCCCAC